UUAAAAUUCCAAAGCGAUGAUAAACUGGCGAAGGCUCUUCAAUCCUUUCUCGUAGAUUCAGCCAAUCCGAUUUCACUGCCAUGGGAGGAGGAGAAUUCGUUAGGGCAGCGGCGAAGAUGGCCAGCGCCGGUAACGCCGGUUUCCGAGGUGCAUCGACGGUGCCUCAGUUCGGGAAAUUGCUUCGCGGCUCAUCGAGGCCGGUGUCGGUUUCCGUCGGAUCGUCUUCUCCGGUGUCGUCGGCGAAGGCCACCGCUGGCGCUGAAGUGGAGGUUCUGCAGAAACCGAUGUGGGAGAUUGAUGACUGGGAAUUCGCCAAUUUCGAAGACGAUUUGGCCAUGGAGGCCGCUGGACCUAAACCGAGAAUUGUGUUCGGGAACGUUCCGAGUUUCGAAGAGGCGAAGGAAGCUACGACGGAGGUUAAGGAGGCUUUGGAUAAGGUAUACUUGUCUUCUUCACCAGAAUCUUGUGGAUUGAAUCUGAUUGUAUCUUCAAACAGUAAACUAGUGCCCGAGUCUUGUUCAUCUAUUCAGACAAGUCCACAGACUUCGGUGCCUCAGCACGCAAUUCAGGCAUUUAGGCUGCUCAAGGAAAGUGCUGAAGCUCAGACUGUUGUUGCCUCAAUUGCCUCUGACCCAAAUGUCUGGAAUGCAAUGUUGGGCAAUGAAGCGCUUAAGAGCUUCUUGCAAUCAUAUCAGACCAACAAAGCACUUGAGUAUCAAGAAUUAUCUGCGAAGCUUGAAGAGUCUCCAGAAGUAAGCUUUGUCGAGGAGUCGAAAAACGAAUCGAGUAAUGUCUUUCACGAGACACUAGAAUACAUUAAAACAUCAAUCGACGACAUGCUGGCUACAGCAUCCAUUUUUCUUCAGAAAAUAUUCGGAUCCUCACCAUCUGAAGUUUCUGGAAAUGACAAAGCAACCUCUGGAUACUCCACUGCAGAGAUUGCCAUGGGAUCAUCAAUCAUGGGACUGGUUAUUGUUGUCAUUGCCGCACUGGUUGCGAAACGAAACUAGAUGUCUAAAUAUGGUGUUGUAAUCUGUCGACAUUUCGGUCUUUGAAUCUCUUAAAACUGUUCUACUGAUCUUAGACAUAUUACUCGGUUUCUUCGAACCAUACAAGACAAAAGGAAUAGUUGUAAUUAUUAGCUAUUUCACCUUUGUUUUUGGUUAUUAUUGUUGAUUGUUACAGAACAUAUGGGGAAUUCUAUUAUAUAUAACGUUUAUAUAGCAAA